AAAAUUCAAAGGGGAGCAAUUAGUACCUCUACUGUACUGUAGGACAAACUGAACGGAAUUCAUUCCAAUUCCUUCAAUCCGGGCUGUAACAUCUCUGGUCAAUUUCUACUGAAUUCUCUGCUCUUCAUCGUCAAUCCGCAAGCUUUCCUUUGUAACGUCCCAUCCUUUUUCCGUGUACACUACCUGCCCUUUUGGCAUCUACAGACCAUUUCCAAUACUACUACCACUUCCCCUCCGCCGCCUUUCAUCUCCAGAACUUCUUUCCAUUCCUCGUCUUCCAUCACACUGCACAUACCGUUCCAACGCUCGUCUUGUCCAAGAUUCACCCACACCAUGGCGCUCAAGACCCUCUCCGCAAAGGCUGCCGCUGCUCUUGACCGCGAGCUCAUGAGCACGGGGGCCUUUUCCAUCGACCAGCUCAUGGAACUGGCAGGCCUCUCGGUCUCUCAAGCUGUCGCCCGAGUCCACCCUACCAAGCAGGGCCGCCGAGUGCUGGUUGCUGUUGGCCCUGGAAACAAUGGGGGUGACGGCCUCGUGGCUGCUCGACACCUUUUCCACUACGGCUAUCAGCCUGCCAUCUACUAUCCGAAGCGACCCAAGAACGAUCUCUAUCAGCGCCUAGUCAAACAAUGUGAAGACCUAGAGAUACCCUUUGUUGAUGACUUUUUCGCGGCUCUGGAGUCUACCGACCACGUCGUCGAUGCCAUCUUUGGUUUCAGUUUCUCUGGCGAGGUGCGCGAGCCGUUCCCUGCCGUCAUCAACGCCAUGGCCGAGACAAAGGUUCCAGUGACCUCGGUCGAUGCUCCAUCGUCGUGGGACAUUAACGAAGGACCGCCCAAGUCCGGCGUGGGCAGCAACUUUCACCCUAAUGUCUUGGUUAGCUUGACGGCUCCGAAACCUCUGGUCAAGUACUUCAAGGGCCGGCAUUUUGUAGGAGGACGGUUCGUCGCUCCGUCGAUUGCGAAAAAGUACGACUUUGACGUUCCCAAGUAUGAGGGUAUCGACCAGAUUGUCGAGAUCACCGACAACCAAGUCAAGAUCUAAAGGCUUCUUUUUCUGGCCGCCCUGUCAACGUGGUUGUCGCCGGUGCUGGUUGGAUGGCGGUGGUGUCGCUGCUGCUCUCUUCUCGGAUCCAACCCAGGCAGGCUACAUGAGGAUGCAGCCCCCGUGUCGACUGUUUGGGCAAGUAGGGCUCGGACAGCCUCCGUCGUUCAUGUCCAGGCGCUUUCGAAUGGUCCCGUUUGGGCAGCGGAUCAAGGGUGGAUGGCAGUCCUUGCAAAACUCGACGUAGACUAAGUAGUCUUUCCCGCAGGCUGGGCAGUCAUGGGUGAUGUGCUCGAUGCACAUUAAAUCGGACGGGUUAACGAGUUGGUACGGUUAAUUGUCGACGGUAAUAUCUGGCAUCCAGGGGUAACAUGGGCUGCGUAUCCGACGUCGAGCUUGUCGAUGUUAUGCUUUGGUCUUUUUUUUCGGUGGUGUGGCUUGCGUGCAGGUUAUCCUCUCCUGAGUUGUGUGGUAUGGAUCGCUGGUGGUGUGGCUGCUGCUGCUGCUCGCUCCUUUCUCUCCUGGUACGUAACCUGCUGACAGGCGGACUGACUGACUGGCCUGACGGCUGGCUCGGUGUGGUACGACGUUGGUUACACUUUCAGAAGAAAGACGGCCAAUGCGAUAGGACGAUGAGGUGUUAUUGCAGCAGCAGAAGUCUGGCAAAUGGCACAGCGCAGACCAACCCUUUCUGGAUGUUGGGGAGCAGGGAGGGGCUUGGCAGGGCUCCAACAGAGUGGUAGAUGGGUGCUGUUUGGGUCCUUCGGUUCCCAAAAUAGGCAAGCGAGUCGUUAACGAAACAAAGAGACUGGCAGAAGUGUGAAGUGGGUGGGGGAGGUCCGCUAGCCGCUCGCUGGGUUAAUGCUUAUAGCGUCGGGUACAGCAAGCAAGCAAGCAAGCAAGCAAGCAAGCAAGCAACCAAGACAACUUAUCCUUCUUUCUACUCGCUGGGAAUGAGGAAACACGCAGAACGCCGUUGAAGAUGGAGAAAGAACAAAGUGACUCAAUGAAAUGAGCCUCCAAGCACUGCCCUCCGUGGCAAGUGAGUGAAAGAGGUGUGGCGUCGGUUUACCUGUCUUUUUGGGGUAAUAGGUUGGCCACCGCGGAAGAAGGAGAAGCAGCGAACGACACCAGUAUACUGGCUGUGUGUGACGGGAGCUCCAUCUGGAAGACGGAAAGGGUCAAGGGCAACAGGCCUGACAGCGAGGAUGACUGAGUCGGGUCGGCACCGGAGCCAAUAUUGCCCCCCUCGCUGGGGCCAGUGGGCAUUGCGAGUAGUGUAGUUCGCAAAUUUCGUGCCGGGUUUUGGUACUCUGAUAGUUCAUGUGAAAAAAGAAAAUUCCCGAACAAGGAGCGGUAUAUUACCUGGGCGUGCCCCAUCCGACCGGAUUCAAUUCCGCAAGCCCAGUUCCAUUCUUGUUUCUCCCC